GGAGCCGCAGAGAGCCCAGGGAUCAACGAAAAAGUGGAAUCGAAUGCAAACAAUCCCUUGAGGUACCUUCCUGGAAAGGCGCGAUCCCACCACCUGGAGAUGAUGAUGUCCAAAGAUGAGCUGGAGGAGGAGCAGAGGAUACACUCCAACACAGACUUUAUCUGUCUGUGAGCCUGAAAAAGGAGCAAAUGUGUGGGUGCAACGUGAGCAGCUGGCCGCCAUCUUCCAGCUGCUGAAAGACAACAAGGAGACAUUUGGGGAGGUGACGGAGGGAGACAUGGAGGAGCAGCUCAAACUCUACUCCAUCUGAGACUCCUCUGUGACUCGUCGUGUUGCGAUCCAGCCUCUGAUUGCGCCCCGUUAACCUGUGAGCGCUGCUGAAGGACUUCUCCAGUACACCAAAUACUUGACUAAAUUUGCUCACAGUGUUCAACACAGCUGCACGGUGCACUCAGCAGUCGCUUUCUUUUUAAAAUGACACACUUUGUUUGUUGUGUUGUGUUGUUUUGUUGCUGCCCUCAGCCCACAUGAAGACCGAACCAAAGAAGCUUUUCCAGCCCAAAGCAAGAUAUUCUAGCUACCUGUGACCAAAUGAGGACUGAAAGGGAUACAUUAGUUUUGUAUUAUAAUAACAUAAGAAAAUGUGUUAAUUUAUAAUAUCACUUUUUUAAAAAAAAAAAUCCGUGUUGUCUUCUUUAAAUUUCCAGCAGGUACAAAUCCUGUAAAAUUUCUUCUGCUUGACUCCCCCUCAGUUGUGUAAUAAACCACCUUUUGCUCUGUUGUGAAGGCAUGUGUGAGAGUGCGUGGGUCUCAUUUCCCGGUUUGUUGUGUAUCUCCGUCUGGAUCAGUUAACAGAGUCACAUUUGUGGUGUCAGGAACCUCUGGUGGUUUCUCUGCUGGAGCCCGAACAUCAGGAGGCAAAGCAAACCACAAACACGCCGGCUUUAAUUCAACAGCAAAGCCUCCACCUCUCAGCGAUGGUGUUACUGACCUCCAGGAUUUUUCCUUUGCUGCUUGUGAUCUCUGUUGCCACUUUGCCUUUUAUUUUGUUAUGGGAGCAUUUGUCAAAAAGCAUCAGCUGGACUGCUUUCUUAGGGAAAAACAGACACAGGUGUGAAGACGAUUUGUUGGAUGGUGACGAUAACCUCUGGGAUAAAAGGGGAAACUGGACUCCGCCUCCUGCUCUGUUUAACACAACACAAAAAGAAAAAAUUGCCAACUGCACAAAAACAGACACGGUGGCAGAGCUAAAAACUGAUCGAAUGAAAGCUUCCACGCGAGCCGCCGUGGCCGAGACUCCCAUGCCCAUCCUGUUCGAGACCUCCUUUCACAAGCUUCCUCAGUGGGAUUUUGAGGAUGUUUAUAACCAGGAUGCCCCACCCAGACAUACUACAUGCGCCCAGUCUCUGCGUAACUCUGAGGAUGAGAGCUUCAGGAAGGCUUUCCUUCCCAACAUAAGUCUGUUUCUGCACAAAGACAGAAUCAACAUGAGCGAGUGGAACCGACUUUCACAUUUUAACAAACCUUUUGGAUUUAUGGGCUGCAAGUAUGAGCAUGUGAUGGCUACACUGAAGUUGAUCCCGAAGCCAAAAGAGCCGCUCCUCGCUCCAAAGCCAGACAGUGAUGGGUGUGUGCGCUGUGCUGUGGUGGGCUCCGCGGGGAUCCUCAAUGGCUCUAAAAUGGGGAAAGAAAUCAACGCUCACGAUUACGUUUUCCGGAUGAACGGUGCCGUCAUCAAAGGUCAUGAAGAAGAUGUGGGAAAUAGAACGUCGGUGUACGUCCACACGGCCCACUCCAUCACGAGGUCGCUGCAUCAGUUCAAGAAGUACGGAUACACGUCUGUCCCAACUGACGAGGGUAUAAAAUACGUAAUGAUUCCUGAGGGAUUGACGGACUUCAGUUGGCUCAAGGGUCUUCUCAAGGGAGAAAGGAUCUCAGCUGGCUUUUAUCACAAUAAACGGCCAAGGAUGUACUACAGUGGGCAGUACAACGAGAGUCGCUUCUAUGUUCUGCAUCAGGAUUUCCUCAGAUAUGUGCGCAACAGGUUCUUAAGGUCUGCUCAUCUCAAUUCUUCAUACUGGGCGAUAUUCAGACCAACCAAUGGGGCAUUCACUCUCUUCCUGGCUCUGCACACCUGUGACAUUGUGACCGCAUAUGGAUUCAUGACCGAGGACUACAAGAAAUACUCUAACUACUAUUUUGAGAGUAAUAAAACCAAUGUUGUUUUCUACAUCAACCAUGACUACAUCUUGGAGAAGAACAUGUGGACAAAACUGCACAACAGCAAAAUAAUUAGGCUUUAUCAAAGGACAGACUCAGGAACAGGGACAGGAAAGCCAUAGGACACAAUGAGAAUGAUACUAAGGACGAACACAGGGACACAAAGCUCUCCACCAUGUCAAGGUGGAACCUCUUUUCACCACCAAAUAGCACCACCUGCUGACCCUCAGCUUACCCCAAAUAUCGUUUGUCUGGAUGAUUCUUUGACACAUGAAUGAGUAAAGUACAUUUAUUGUUAACCCAAGUUGGAUAUAGAAGCUAAAGUUUGUGAUUCCUUUGGUAUCUUAUACCUGACUAGUUUCGAAAUGUUUGGUAACCCAUAAUACAGCGGAAAUUUACGGCGGCCUGCAAAGGUCACACUUCCUAACCAGGUCACAGAAUCUGGCGGGUUACAGAACUCGGCGUAACACCUGUAAACAAACGGCCUGUGUCGAGAUGGAUCCCACGGCACCGGGCUAACCAGAGGCUCAAAAAGCAAUUAGUGUGUGUUAAUAAAUGUUCUCUAAAUCUCUCAGU